CUCAGACUCAAAGCGUUUGACUAAAAUUUUGCUCCUCUUUUCUGAGGUAAUAACGUUUCACGUGUUUGCACUCCACAAAAUUAAUUCAAGAUAUGGAUCUUAGGAGAAAGUCAAAAAGAAGCAAAAACUCAUAUUCAUCUGCUACUAAGAAAAAGAAAACAAAUCAAAGGCUUUGUAAAGAGAAGAAAAGAAUAAAUGAUUCUAAAAUGCCUGCCUUUCAAUCAUUAAAUUCGGAGUGUAUGAUGGAAGUCGAUGAGGCUCCUUCCUUGUCAAAUUGUGAAGAGGUGAAAAAAAAAGCAAAUAAUGUAUAUGAAAAAUUAACAACUGGAGUGCACUCUGCCAAUGAUUCAGCUGCUAAGUUUGAUGGACUUAUGAAUAGUUGCAAAACUUUAGUUUUGUUUGAAGCAAAAAAUCAUAGCAACAUAAGUAAACUUUCUGACAUUACAAAGAAAGCUGAAGAACUUCUUAAAGAAAACCAGAGAUUCUGCAAAAGAUAUCGAUAUUUUCUUGAAACAAAAUCCUUUCUAUUCACUACUCCUCUAAAUACUAUAAAAACCCAUCCUGAGUUUCACAAAAUAAGUAUUUCACUAAAUGCAGCUGCAACUGAUUGGUCAGUCAGUCCAAUACAAGAGGUAUUAAACAAUGACGGGUUGGAAGUACUUACAGUACUGCCUCCUACAAAAUCUAAAUUGCCCCCAGCUGGAGUCGUAAAAAGAAAGGAAUUAUUACCUGGAACAGAAGUUUGGGUAAUGAAGUCAAAUCUUCUCGAUGUGUUUGUUCAAGGAACAAUUUUAUCAUCAUGCGAAGCUGAUAAUAAGAAAUGGUAUAAAGUACGCUUUGAUGAAACUAAAACCAUUGCAAAUAAACUUUAUACAGCUAAACAACUAGCAUAUAGAACGAACCCAGACGUCAUUUUGCCUGUCGGAACACGUAUAGCUGCUCGUUAUUCAGAUGGGGAGGAAGCUAGGAUAUAUGCUGGUAUUGUUGCUGAGCCACCCAAAGUUACUAACCAAGAAAGGUAUCUUAUAUUUUUUGAUGAUGGAUAUGCUCAGUAUAUUGAUAAUAAGGACAUUUAUGUUGUAUGUUACCAAAGCAUAGAUGUUGCUGAUGAUGUGCAUGAAAACAUCAGUGAAUUCAUCAGAACUUAUUUACAAAAAUAUCCUGAGCGUCCAAUGGUUAAAUUACAGAAGAAUGAAAUCACCAAAACAGAAUUUGACCGUAAAUGGUGGGAUACUAAAGUCGUGGAUGUUGAUGCUAGUAUGGUCAAAAUGCUUUUUAUAGCAACAAAUCGCACAGAAUGGAUAUAUAGGGGAUCUACUAGAUUAAAGCUUUUGUAUAAUGAGCUUGCAAAUGCAGAAGCUAAUCGUGUAGCUGGUAAACAUCGGAGACAUAAUGUUAUUCUAAGGAAACCUCAUCAGCCGUAUGUAGAGUAUACUAGAGAAAGAGACACAAAGGCUUCUGAAAAUCACGAUAUAGAAACAAUUGAAUUAGACUCGGAGUCUGACACUGAAGAAGGAAAAGUAAAGGUUUCACAGCAUCCUAGGAGAAAGACUGGUGGCUCGCAGUUCCUAACUAAUGGCGAGAAGCCUAGAAAUACUGCUCGCAAAUCAACUUCCCUUAAACCUAGGGAAUCUGAAAGUACCAAUGUGGACAAAGAUAAUACACCUGACAUUCAAUCCCAUUUGGGGUACAAAGACUUGCACAAUUUAGUUUCAUUUGUUAGAGUUGAUUAUAAAACUCAUGUUUGUUCUAAAGCAUGUGCGGAAAAAGCAAGUCCAGCUGAAUUUAAAGGGAGGAAUCCUCUUCUUAUUCCAAUAUAUGUUGGUUGGGAGAGGCAAAUUUGGAGAUACUCAGGAGACAGCUUUAGUAAAAUAAGAUUAAUGUACCGGGCACCUUGUGGUAGACACUUACGGAAUCUAGGAGAGAUUCUAAAAUUUCUGAUUCUAACAGAAUCCAAACUCACCAUUGACUACUUUACUUUGAAUCCAUUUCUUGUAGUGUUUCGAACCUUUAGGCCUAAAGAGAUAAAAUAUGAACAUCCUGAUGUUACGCAAGGCAAAGAAAAUGUUCCUGUACGUUGUGUGAAUUCAUGGGAGAAUGUAGCUCCACCAUAUGUGGAAUAUUCACCUAAACGAUAUCCCGGAAAAGGAGUCUAUUUAAAUGAAGAUAAAGAAUUUUUAGUUGGGUGCGACUGUACAGAUAAUUGUCAGACUCCAGAACUGUGCGAAUGUCAGCGAAUCACUAGUUAUGCUUACAGUGGUCAUUAUAAUGCAGAUGUCGGAUACAAAUUCCGUCGUCUUAAGGAACCAGUAGUUACUGGAAUAUUUGAAUGUAACAGUAAAUGCAAAUGUGGACCUCACUGUGGAAAUAGAGUUGUUCAAAAUGGUAUGAAAGUUCGUCUACAGAUGUUCAAAACAAAAAGGAAAGGUUGGGGUAUAAGAUGUUUGGAUGACAUUGAAGCUGGAGCUUUCAUUUGUAUAUAUGCUGGACAACUGCUAACUGAACAGGGAGCAGAUGAAGAUGGUAAUCUGUUUGGAGAUGAGUAUUUAGCAGAACUGGAUCAUAUUGAGGUUGCUGAAAAACUUAAAGAAGGUUAUGAGUCUGGAGUAUCAGAUAUAGAGGAUAUGGAAGUUGAUGAACUAAAAUCUGAUGAUGAGGAUUAUAAAAUGAGAGAUGAAGAACAAUCAUCUUCUUCUUCGGAUUCUGAUGUAAAUGUUUGUGACACAGAUUCUGAAUAUGAGACAAGUCUUCGAAGUACUGCUAUCAACUCUUAUUCUACUAGAAGCAGAAGAAAAUCAUUGAAGCUAUCAGACUAUUCAUCUUUAUCUAGUAAGAAUUCACAAUCCAAUAAUAAAAACAGCAAAAAGAAAAAUAAUAAGAAGAAGGAGUUGCCUGAUUUAACUGCAUCCCAAGAUACUUUCAAACUAACACCUCGUCCUUUAAGCCCUGCUUCUGAAGAAUUUCUGGAAAAAACUGAAUUAAAAAGAGUACCAAAAGUCUCUGAAGAUGAUUCUUCCAAAGCAAUUGCUAAAAAGGGUUCGAGUACGAAACAUUCUGGAUCGGCACCUCCUGCCAUUCCUAGUUUUAAACAAAAGGGCCAUAAAUCCGUUCGGUCAUACUAUGGUGAAGAUUCACUUUAUAUUAUGGAUGCCAAAAGUAAAGGAAAUAUAGGAAGAUAUUUAAACCAUAGUUGUGCUCCGAAUGUGUUUGUGCAGAAUGUUUUUGUGACUUCACAUGAUCUGAGGUUCCCAGAAGUUGCCUUUUUUGCUCAAAAUUAUAUACUAGCUGGAACAGAGUUGACUUGGGAUUAUAAUUAUGAAGUUGGCAGUGUUGAAGGCAAAGUCAUGUAUUGUUACUGUGAUGCUAGGAAUUGCAGAGGGCGCUUAUUGUAAAAUGCGCACAAUUUUACUGUGUUCUAAAAGUCAUUCCCUAUUCAUUGUACAGCUCAUGUUAAACUAUUACCUGUCUUUGAUGCAUUUUCAAUCGUGCAUAUUUAUUACAUCAAAGCUCAUUGAAGCCAUUUUUAAAUACCAUCAGCUGGUGAAUGAAUUUUAUUACUGAAAAUACAUGUACAUAUUUAUCAUAGAAUGGAAUGUUGAGUGUGCCUUACAAGAACUCUGUAAAAUUAUCUAUUAUUUCACAUUUUGUGUGCUUAUAUAUGUGUGUCCUGUAUUGUUUUGUUCAGUACUUUUGUCGUAUACUGAAAUGGAACUUUACAGAAUUCUAAUUCCUUUUGUUUUAUAUAGUUGCAACUUUGAAGAAAAUCUAGACUCUGCAUUGGAAAUGUGCUUCAAAUAUUCAUUCGGGGGAAUUUUUUUCCCUCGGAAAAAGAUAUGUGUUGAAUUUUGUUUCUAUCUGUUCAGCAAUAAUUAGUAGUCUGUGUAACAGAAUAGAAUUAUAAAUUUGUAACAGAAUAGAAUUAUAAUAAGAUUUAUAAUUUCACUUUAAUUGCGAAAUAUUGCAAAAUAUAGUCUUGUAAAAAUUUGUUUUGUAAAUAAGAAUUUAUUAUAACAUUUUUAGAGCAAUUAAAAAUACACCCUUAAGAUUUCUUCAACUUUUUUGAACUUUCAUGUUUUUCUGUUUUUGCUAAGAAGCAAGCAUAGAAAAUUUUACUGUUUUGUAAACAUUUUCUCAUGCUUUUAUUUGUAAUUCAGUAAGAAGGGUUUUUUUUUCUUUUUUUUCCCUCUUAGAGUUUAAUUUCUGCACAUAAGCAUUUAUUGUAACUUAUCUUUUAAAAAAUGUGAUUUUAUAUUUUCUUUUUCUCUUGUGCUAAAAUUUAUAAUGAAAUGAAGGAUCUAAAACCCAGAAAAUUUAGUGAUAUGGAUAUUAUUUUAUUAUCACAUCAAAACAUUUAAAGAAUUAAUAUAUAGCUGUUAAUAAUUCUUGAAAUUCUAUUCUAUGGCUUAUUUUUUAUAAAUUAUAUUGAUUUGUUUCAUAUGUAUUUUUCUUUGAUUUAUCAUUAUUCUCCAAAAUUAUA